UUCCGGACGAGGCGCACUUCUGGGCACAUUCGAGGAAGUCAGCUGCAGCGAGUGGUCUGGCUCUGACGGCAGCCCUUUGUGGAAUGGAGGCUGUCUGAGCGGCGAGAACGCGUCCUUUUGGCCAAACACCGGUGGUUGCGGAAAUAAGGGGUCUGCACCCGGAUUCACUGGCGCCAAUGUGGUUGCUGCAAACCCCGCACCACCACCGGCGGCAGCGCCACCCGCAGCAAAGCCCUCAACGACUUCGACUUCGACCCAACAGGCGGCAAAGCCCACUUUGAAGACGACUGUCAGCAGCACAACCGCAGUACAAACAACCCUGACUACUUCCACUCCUGCUAAGACAAUUGCAAACUUGACGAGCUCGACCACUGUCUCCACGACCUCUUCAGCGUCGCGCGCGGGACAAACUGUGUCGCGCCACCAGUGCUCAGCUCACGGCCAUCCCAAGCGCGAUCUUUGAUACAUCGCGUCUGAUAAUAGCUGUUCGAUGUAGAAUCGCUCGAUCGCGGCUACACACACUCUUUCCUCAUCACUCUCUUUUAUACCACUACUACACACCUCCAGUAGGCAGCCCUGUCAGCACGUAGACCGUCCUCGUGACAGCCCAUAUAUGAGCG